AUUCGUAAGUACCCGUCCUUUUGCUGGCCCUAGAAAGCCUUAAAAUUAGCCACCGCAACACUCUAUUCUCUUCCAAAAACAAAAACGCUCAUCUCCAAAAAUGUCCGACUCAGAAAUCACAACCGUAACCACCUCCGACCAAGACUCAAGCUCCGCUCCACCACCACAACAAAACGGCGCCCAAACCAAACUCAACUCCGCCGGAUUCAGCAUAUGGCCACCCACUCAACGCACCCGCGACGCCGUCAUCAAUCGCUUAAUCGAAACCCUAACCACUCCUUCCGUCCUUUCCAAACGAUACGGUACAUUGCUCCCUGAAGAGGCCGCAACUUCCGCUCGCCAGAUCGAGAGCGAGGCUUACUCUAUCGCCGGUGAUUCCGCCGCUCCUGACGGCGGCGAUGGUAUUGAUAUUCUCCAGGUUUACUCUAAGGAAAUCAGUAAGAGGAUGCUUGAAACCGUAAAGGCUAGACCUACUUCAACUGGUUCCAAUGCUGUUGAUCAUGAUGCUGCUGAGGCUCCUCCUGCUGAUGAUCCUCCUUCUUCUUCCCCAACCGGAGAUGAUGCUUCUGAUACUGGCAAGAUCGAGACUGAUGCCUGAUAAUCGACGUCGAUUAUCAUCGAUUAUAGUAUGAAUGUUGUUGGAUUUAUAUUUUAUCAGUGGAACUUUGUUCAUUUCUUGAGUUAUGUCAUGUCAUCAAUCCAUAUCACAUAUUAUUAGAAGAAAUUUGGAAUUGGAAUUAUCGGUUUGUUUUAAUUUGCGUUAA